GAACUCAAAAGCCUAAUGCAGUCGCUCUCCGUGCUUCUACCUGGAGGGACUUCUCUUGUCGGGACACCACAGCAGGGGAGGCCCUUUCCUGUGCCGCCACCACACAAUAAGUUCUGUCCAAGAGCCCACCACCCUCAGGUGAAGCCAGCUCUUCCUGCAGAAGUCAGAUUGCUUUUCACAGACCAGCAGAAGGAACUUCCAGGCCCAUGGAGUCACACUUCAGAGGGACAAACAAAAAGCCACCCCAACAUCUGUGAGCUGAGGAUCCCUUUCCCAUCAUCAUCAUUGGCCGAGAUUGCGCUGGGCUCCCUGGCCCCUGACCCUGAGCCCCGCAAAGAAGGGAUCAGCAAGGAACUGGGCGUGACGGAGGACAUCUUGCAUGUUCGAUGGAGAGCAGAUGAAGCUCGGAUUCUGCAUGUGUCCAUCAGCUCCUUCCUGGAGCAUCUCUCCUUGGUGGUGAAAACUAUGGACCUGUUUGGGCCUCCGGUGGCUUGA